UGUCAACGCAAGCUUGUCCCAAACUUAGAUCGCGGCCGGCGGCAGCGAUGGAUGAGCACACCCAACGUACGUGGGGUGCCGUGGAGAACGUGGAUGCGCUUGACGGUUUGCAUCUAGUGCCGUGGAAGGUGGCGUUCCGUGUGCAGUUCAACACUGACAAGUACGGGAUCAAGUUCUACCCGUCGCCGCUCCCCGACACGGGGAACGGAGUGUACACGAUUCAAGUACUCGACGUCCCACGUGCGCAGGACCCGACAACGUGGGGCCCAGCGCAGCUGUACAACGAAAGCCUCAAGCCGGAGCAAGCGCACUUGGCGGUCCGCGCCGGCCUCUACCUGACGCACAUCAACGAUACGAACCUUGUCAACCAAACUUGCGAACAAGUGAUUCGACAACUCACCUCCGUCCCGCGUCCAGUCAAGCUGCGUUUCGUGGACGUCGAAGCCGGGGUUGUCACUUUAAAGGAACUGAAGGAUGGACGGUAUACCCGAACGUCGCUCACCAAGGCGCACAUUGACGGAUUGCUUGACGAAUCGCCGGACUCGACAUCGAUUCUUCCCGCGUCGCCAACCGCCACUCGUUCGCCUCCAGUGGAAUCCCGCGACGUCACAGUUCUAAGUCCUCCACAGCCCGUGACACCGGCGCCUGAAGCUCCUUCCAUUGCCUCGCCUCUUGCUACUGUUUUACCACUUCCUACUCCUACGCCAGCACCAGCCGCUCCCGCACCUGUGGCGCCGGUUGUGCCUACCCCCGUCGAGCAAGCCGCCCCGCCCCCUCGGUCUCAACCAACCUACACGGCAGAGCACGUGUACAAGUUAAUUCUUCUGGGCACGACCGGCGUUGGAAAGAGCAGCAUACUGUCUGUUGGUGUCGGCGGCGCCUCUGCCUUCUCGGACCGUCCGGCAGCUACCCUUGACGCGGAGUUUGGCACGCUUUACGUUCCCGAUCCCGACCUGACUUCCGUCAAGAUGCUCAAGGCGUAUGUUUGGGACACAGCUGGCCAGGAGCGAUAUCGCGCCAUGACAAGGUCGCAUUACCGCCGUGCGGACGGCGCGCUGCUCGUGUACGAUGUAGCCGAGCCGGAAAGCUUCCAGAAGCUCGCGGGAUGGCUCGCCGACCUCCGAGACGUAGCUGGCGACUCGAUCAAGUCCAUUCUGGUCGUCGAAAACAUGAUCGACAAGCUGCCAGAGAGCGUAGUGACGGGGGCGGAGCCACGCCCUUCCAGCUUCGUCAACGAGGCGGACGUGGCGGCAUUCUGCAACUCGAAUGGCCUCCUUUUUGCCAAAACAAGUGCCAAAAUGAACAGCACCGCGUUCAGGUGGGCCGGGAAACCCGUCGACGAAGUCAUGGGUCAGCUCCUGUUGAACGUACACGCAUCCCACCUCGCGCGCGGCAUCAAGCAGCAACAGGAGCAACUGGCCAAACAACUCGCGCAACCAUCGCCAACCCACGCCGUGGCUUUGUCGCCUCCGGCCGCGCCGAUCGUGCUCGACCCCGCAUCGACUUCGGCCAAUGCGAGGAUCAAGGCCGGCGACUGUGCGUGCGGCGGGACAUGACAGGAUGCUGCAUUCAACUUUAGCAAGAGUCUUUUCGCUUCCGGGGUUUACUCAUAAACAAAACACUGUUGUGGGCACGGCAGAGAGGACUGGCGCACAUUCCCG